CACAUGACCGCCUGACUUUCCUGUUUACUACUCGCUUCCAUUCGAAAUCUGAAACUCGGAUUGCAACAACUCGCAGCGGCCGCGGAUUACUUCACUUCACUGCGCUACACGAUAAAACAGCCUUUUUCUCACGCUAUCGGUAGCUUAGCUGUUCGUGGAGGAUGUUAAAUAUCCUGUGUUUGUGCUGUAAUUCUGCUGAAAUGAAGCUGUGACAGGGGAGAGCGUGACUAGGCCGGGAAUCCUGCGGGUUUCCUGAGUGGAGUGUCCGCUCAUGCUCGCCUUCUCUCCCUGGUGGUCGCUCGGUGUGUACUCGGGCUGAGAUGAAACAGAGGAAAGGUCGAGCAGCUUCGUACUCAAGCAAGGCGGAUUCCCGCUUCUGUUUUAAACGGACAAACCAAAGGGCUGUUGGUGUGUACGCUGUGUAAGCUGUGUGGUUGAUUUUAUGCCCUUUCUUGCUGUGUGUGUGUUGUGGUAACUCAGAGCCGCGGUGAAAGGCUCGGUGAGCUCGGCACCGCUUAUUAGCUCGCCUGGUGUGAGGGGUUAACUAGCUCCGCGGCUAGUUAACGUAUCAGUAGUGUUAGGGGGGAUCAGCUCGCCGGUACCCUGAACACUAGGCGCCUCCACGUCUCCGGCCCCCUUAAGCGGGCGGUGAGGAAGAAACUGGCCGGGAAGGGAUGGCCUGGAGGCUCGUCCCGGCCUCACGGAGCGGCGCUGUUUGAGGGAGGGCAGGUCCGGCUGGAGAACACGGCCGGCCGAAGCGCGAUGAUGGCCGCGUCAGCGUCUGGAGCCUCGGCCCGAAAGAGCGAGGAGAUCGCGGAUCUGAUAGACUUGUUUUCCAAGACCCAGUACCGGGCGAAGGAGGUUACUCCACGGGUGGAGAGAAUAGAGAAGCGGUGCCUGGAACUGUUUGGACGUGACUACAAAUUUAGUGUCAUCCACAAUAGUAAUGGUGAGGUGUGUGGACACUACCCUCGGCAGAUUGUGUACUUGGAGUAUGAGAGCACUGAGCCCAACAAAGAAAGCUUUGAAAGUACAGUACAAAUCAGUAGGCUGCAGGAUCUGGUGAACCGCAGUAAGCUGGCACGCUGCAGGGGGAGAUUCGUCUGUCCAGUCAUUCUCUACAAUGGCAAGCAUGUAUGUCGGUCAUCCACGCUUGCAGGGUGGGGGGAACUGUACGGACGCACCGGUUACAACUACAUUUUCUCAGGGGGAUCUGAUGACACGUGGGCAGAAUCAGAAGAAGUGCCAGAUGAUGACACUGUGGUCCGAAAUGGAGAUUCACAGCUGUUUGAUAAAGUGAGGGGCUCGGACAUUAAGCUGCUGAAGUAUCUGUCCGUUCGCUACAUCUGUGACCUCAUGGUGGAGAAUAAGAAGGUCAAGUUUGGCCUGAAUGUCACCUCUUCCGAGAAGGUGGAUAAGGCCCAACGCUAUGCAGAUUUCACACUUCUAUCUGUGCCUUAUCCAGGUUGUGAGUUCUUUAAGGACUACAAAGACAGAGACUACACAGCAGAGGGUCUGGUAUUUAACUGGAAUCAGGACUUUGUGGAUGCUCCCUUGACAAUCCCUGCCUGUUUUACUAAGAAUCUGAACAUUGACUGGAGUGAAUAUCAGUCUUGGGACCUGGUGCAGCAGACCCAGAAUUACCUGAAGCUGCUUCUGCACAUCAUCAACAGUGAUGAUGAGAGUGGACUGUUGGUGCACUGUAUAUCAGGCUGGGACAGAACUCCACUCUUUGUGUCCCUCCUCAGACUCUCUUUGUGGGCUGAUGGUGCUGUUCAUGCCAGCCUGGAGCCAGCAGAGAUUUUAUACCUGACCAUCGCCUACGACUGGUUCCUUUUUGGUCACAUGCUGCCUGAUCGUCUCUCUAAAGGGGAGGAAAUUUUCUUUUUUUGCUUCAAUUUUUUGAAGCACAUUGUCUCUGAGAAGUUCUCAGUCAUUAGGAAGCAGAGGAGGAAAAACUCACAAUUCAAAGACACUGAUUUCACAGUGGAUGACCUCUGCCAGCUAAAAUCCAGAGACAGGGGCAGUGUGACCAGUUUAAGUAGUGAUUUCUCUCUGAUCACUGAAGAUACAGCUGGUCCCUCUAGUCUGCCUCCUGAACCUGUGGACCUGCUCUCCACAGCGCCUCAAUUCUCCAGCGGGAGGAAAGCUACAACCUCAUCUCCUCAGACUGUGUUUUGGAAUAGGCCAUCUGAGGAUCGACUACCUCAUCCACUCUCAGAGGGCAGGUCCUCUAGUUCCUCAUCUUCCAACCAGUCAGAUCAGGGCUUCAUCCGUACAGGCAGUAGUCCACUGGCUGUGCCAGGGAGAAGGCCUAUGAUGGAGUAUGCUCGCUCUGGCUCCUCUCUCUCUACAGAGUAUGGUAGUUGGCAGAUUGUUUCAGGCUGUGGAAGUAUCCAUGACGCUGCUCCCCUCCCGACAGAAUCGCCGCUGCCCUUCAGCUUCCAGGAUGAGGGUCCCAGCGGCCGUAUGUGUGUGUAUGGAUCGGAGAGGCAGGCACGAUUGGAAGCAGUAAGAGAGGUGUUUCUGGCAGCCUACAGCUCUACAGUGGGAUUAAAGUCUUCCUCUCCCGGCUCAUCCGGAGCAAUCUCUGGACUGCUGGAGCAGUUUGCCCGUGGUGUCGGCCUUCGAGGCACCAACUCCAUCGUCUGAGUCCAACCUGCCCUUUCUAGCUUCCUGUUCUCUGAUCUGUCUCCUUGAUUCACUUGGUUCUGUCUGUCUGUCCAUUCUUGCUGUCUGUUGGCAAUGAAUCACAUAGAGAAGUGUUCCCCACUCAUUCUCUUUCUGUCUCUUUCUCUCUGAUCAAUGCAAUAUUUUUUUUACUUUAAAAAAUCCAUCUUUUCGCUCCACCCUAAUUCAUUAUCCACUGCAUUGAAGUCUUGUGUAGUCUCUGUAUUUCCCAGUUCCUUCAGUAAAAGAUCACAUCUGUUUAAAUCCAGAAACCACACAUUUUCCACAUUCUGCUUUUACAUACUGUGUUCAUAGAAAUACACUGUUUCCAUCCCCUCCCCCUUCAUUGACAAACUACUGCUUUUUCUUUUUUCCUUCCCAUUCCCCUUGUUUUCUUCUAUCCCUCUGUGUGGGCAUCAUUCCACCUGGACUUACAAAGGAAAAGUGCCAAACCUUAACCUUGGGGUUGCUUUUUAUUAUAAAUUUCUUUUUAUUUAAAAAAAAAAAUACUUUUUACUUUGUUUUACACACCAAAUCUGACCAUUAUGGUGCCUCUACAGGCUUUUAAGCUUAAAAAUAAUUUACAGUUCCUUUCUUUUUUUGUCUUUCUUUCUAGUUUUGCUUUUGUUUGUUGAUUGAAAUAUGUAGGAAAAUGUGAGGGCAAGGAAUGAACACAAAAAGGGAAAAGUGUUUCUUUUAGUUCUUGUCUUGUUGCUAUAGCAAUAUUGCGGCCCCAAGAAAAUGGAAAAUGGGCUUUUGAACAAAUCUUUAAAAUGUCUUUUCUCUUUGGACCUCCAAGGCUGUGAAGGAAAAAAGAAACGAAAAAAAAAAAAAACAAGCCUCAUAGCUGUGUAACUGUAAGAGGAAAAACUUGUCUGUUCUUUUCCUUUGGGAAAAGUAAGUGGCAUAAGCUGCUGGUCAAGUUUUAGCCCAGAUAUUUCUUUAGAAAUAGCACUUGGAAAGAAGCUAGAAAUGUGACGGUGAGAUCUAUUUUUAGUUGUUGCAAAAACUACCAAUUCUAAUAGUUUUAGAUUAAUUUUCCUUGUGUUAAUUUUUGGAGGCACCUCUUCUUGUCUUAAGAUCUUUUUUUAACUUUAUUUUCUAAAACUUGAAUCUGAUCUGGAAUAUUAAGAGUAAUAUCAGCAGGUAUGAAUCUGGCCUGGAACUAAAUGGGAACACACUACAAUUUUACCACUUAAUCUCCUGUACAAGAUAUUUUCAUAAUUCAGUACCAUUUCCUCAUCAUACAAUUGUUUAAUGCUCAGUUGAACACUUUGCCAGUUGUUUAAUGUAAUAUUAUGCCUUUGUUCUUAACCAGAUGUUACUUUCCUACUUAUAAUAAUGCUUCAACAGCCACUGAAGUGUACAAUCGACCCAAUUAAAGGCCAUGUCAGUACCUAUAACUGGCAGAUUUGAUAUUUCAAAAACAAAAUUGCAACUGUUUAAAUGUAUGUAAGGGGGAUUAUUUGCAUUAAAAGUGCAAUAAAAUGUAGUAAUCAAAAUUGUUUUGUAUCUAUAGAGGGUUUUUGAUGGAAUCUCUUCAUGUACUCAAAUACUACUACACGCUUCUAUCAGUUUUUUUUCACCAGCCCUUUUGUUUUCUAAUUUAUUAGUUUAUGGCCAGACCAAUGAAUUGACAGUGAAAUGUGUACCUGUCAUGUUCGACUAUGGUACACAUCUCAGCUACCUGAAGAUGCAGUACAACCGCCUUCAUCACACACAUGCACCUCAAGUCUGUUUGGACAAAUGUUCUUCUCUAUAUCUGAAGAUGACAAGUUGUUAUGUGUUGAAUUAGAAAGCACUUGAAUUCCAGCAUAUAAAACAAGGGAUUUGUUUGUGUUCUUAAUGCCAAAUGGUUUUUAAUGGCCUUUUUACCUCAGGACGUUGUGUUGUGCCUUUCUUUCUGUUAAUAUGGGGCUUUGUUAUUUGUUUGUUUUUCCUGCAGAUUAUAGUUUUACAGCUCAAGUGCUUGAUAUUUUUAAUUGUUUGAGUCUUUUUCAGUCGAUCUGUUUUGGAACACAUUUUUGGAUAAGCAUGUUGCCAGUCUGCUUGUUAAUACCCACACAUUUGUUUUCACAAGAUUUACUGUUUUCUCUUCUUUCUCAUGGUUGUUCAGAUUUUUGCUGUAAUGUUCUAAUUUGCUUGUGUUUUCUUAUCGUUCACUCUCUUUCAAAAGCUGAUUACAUUUGGAAAUACCUCAUGCUGGAGACAUCCAAGAGUAUUUCUGAGCAUUCUUGCUUUCAAGCUGAUCAAAUCCAAUGUGUUCUUCAUGUCUACAUAAUUUAGAUUAUAUAUUUUUAUUUUAGUAUAGUAUCUCUCUUCACAUAAUGAUUUACUGAGCCCACAAACAUAGCCCUCCAGCAUUAAAAUGAUAACAAUUUGAGUCCAGCACUUUGCAUGAACUUGCACUUUUUUUUUUUCUUUCAGAAUUUUCAAGUUUGGGCUUAAAAUCAUUAAUUGGAUCUUUUAACUUGAAAAUAUACGGUUAGUUAUAUUCAGUUUCUUUUCUGUAUCAUGUCAGGAAAUGCUCAUUUGCACUCAUCCUUUCAGAACUGUCCAUAGAGAAUGGUGCACCUUUUUUGGUUUGUACAGGCUUUGGUUUUGGUUUUAAUUUUAAUAAUAUCGAUUCUUUAAUAAUAUGCUCCGGUCUGUGGCCAGGGAGACACAAGACAGAGUAAUGUUCUUCCGGUGGAAAUAAAAGGAAUCCAGUCAA